GGAAUCAUGGAGGGUGUCGAAGAGAAGAAAAAGAAGGUUCCUGCUGUGCCGGAAACCCUUAAGAAAAAGCGAAGGAAUUUCGCAGAGCUGAAGGUCAAGCGCCUGAGAAAGAAAUUUGCCCUAAAGAUGCUUCGAAAGGCAAGGAGGAAGCUUAUCUAUGAAAAAGCUAAGCACUAUCACAAGGAAUAUAGGCAGAUGUACAGAACUGAGAUUCGUAUGGCUAGGAUGGCAAGAAAAGCUGGCAACUUCUAUGUACCUGCAGAACCCAAAUUGGCAUUUGUCAUCAGGAUCAGAGGUAUCAAUGGUGUGAGCCCAAAGGUCCGAAAGGUGUUGCAGCUUCUUCGCCUUCGCCAGAUCUUCAAUGGCACCUUUGUUAAGCUCAACAAGGCUUCCAUUAACAUGCUGAGGAUUGUGGAACCAUAUAUUGCUUGGGGGUAUCCAAACCUGAAGUCAGUAAAUGAACUAAUAUACAAGCGUGGUUAUGGCAAAAUCAAUAAGAAGCGAAUUGCCUUGACAGAUAACAGUUUGAUUGCUCGAUCUCUUGGUAAAUAUGGCAUCAUCUGCAUGGAAGAUCUGAUUCAUGAGAUCUAUACUGUUGGAAAGCGCUUCAAGGAAGCAAAUAAUUUCCUGUGGCCCUUUAAAUUAUCUUCUCCACGGGGUGGGAUGAAGAAGAAGACUACUCAUUUUGUGGAAGGUGGAGAUGCUGGCAACAGGGAAGACCAGAUCAACAGGCUUAUUAGAAGGAUGAACUAAGGUAUCUACCAUGAUUGUUUUUGCAAUCUGUUUAGUUAAAUAAAGUGACUACUUUCAAA